CGCCGCCGCCGGAGAUUUCCGCGUGCCGGGAAAAUAAUGUGAAACGGGUAAGCCGGCGGGAUAGGAAAGGGCCAAAUCAAAUAACACAUGCGUGGGAAAAUCCGUCAUCUAACUUGGCUCGCGGACGGAGCGAUUCUUCUUUUCGCCACCGUCGUCGUCGCCAUCGCUGUCGCCGUCGCCGCCACCGUCCUCGUCGUCCUCGUCGCCGGCGCGCACGCACUUCUCUUUCUCACUCACACGGCUCUGCGCUGUACGAUUCGGGGUGCUUGCGCUGGCUCCCCGGGCGUAAAACUGUCGACUCGGCACCGGCGCCCAUCCCCAUCCCCGGGCGCUGCUGCACGCGAACUGUCCCCGGACAGACCCAGAGACGGUUUGUUCCUUCUCAUGGGCCUUCUUGCUGGCGGCCUGGGAUACGCUGUCUCGCGUCAGCCGCUGUCCCGCUUCUUCAGCACUAUCUGGGCCAAUGGCGACAUCAGGACCUUUGUCUGUGCCGUCGUCUUUGUUAUAGUGUUUAUCAUUCUCGCAUACCUCACCAAUCCGUCUGAAACGUCCUUCAGGGCAUAUCUUACCGAACAGUCUUUCCGUCAGCACCUCAGUCGCCUGGAUGAUACCACCGACGAGGAAAGCUUGCACUCGAUCGACAAAACACGUCAAGUUCGCCGCACUUCCCCAGACAAUCGUUCACUCUUCCAUUUCGCUAAUCGCGCGUCCGUAUCUCUGCGCACGCCGAAACAUGUCUUUCAUAGCUUUGGCAUCUUCACCAUUGCCGCCAUCCUCCCUGUGUCGAAGGGCGGCAAGGCAUCAUGCAUUCCCAACGAUCACGAUGGAUCGAUGAUUACCGAUUCCUGGUACCUCGGUGCAUUCGGGCGAUGGUGGAGGGGCGGUCCUUUCGACGCCUGGUACCAGGAUGUCGUCGCGAGGUCCAACGACGAGGAAAGCUGGAGCUCGGGUAUCUUGGCCAUCAAAGGACCAGAGCGGCACGCUCUGCCUUUGACGAACAAGCCCGUCGAUCGACUCGCACCUGCACGUGGCGCCCCGCCGCGAUUACGAAACCGCGAUCGCCCAUCUCAGCGAAGCAGUCAGCCGUCAGUGCGCAGCUCUACGCCUCCACCGCUUCCCAAGUCGGCAUCUCUGCCUCUUCAUGCAUCGCGGCCGUCAACGACUUCUGAGAAGACGAGUAUAAUUCUCUCUUCCCAACAGCCGUACGUCCCCAUCGACCAGUACCCACUUCGACCGUCAAUUGUCAAAUCCCCCUCGGCCUCGACGCUCUUUGAUCACUCGCCAAAUAUUCUACAAGUUUUACAGCAGAUCGCUGACACGAAAGCCUCCGUUCACGACCUCCGCACCCAGUUAUCUGACUUCCAAUCCACCUCCUCGUACGGUCACGCGGCGUAUCAGAGCGAAAUCGAUGCGCUGCGGGAUAAGAAGCGCCAGGAGGACGCCACGAAGCAGGAGCUAAAGACUCGUACCAAAGCACUAGACGACUCGAAGCGAGCGGCCGAAGGACACAAACGAGAUGCCGAGAAGAAACUCAAGGCUACUCAGACCGCUCGCGACGAUGCCAAUCGUCGCAUCAAUCAUCUCGACCAGGAGAUCGCUAGCCUCCAACAGCAGCUCUCUGACGAGCAGGCAGCCACUCCCGAGACGCCUGAACCGCCCGCUGAGCUCAAGCAGACGCUUGAGAGGCGGCGUCGCGAGGUUAGCGUCGCGGAGGACGUGGUUGCUGCUCUGAACACACGCGCCAAGGAGCUCGAGGAGAAGCUGGCGGAGGGUCGCGCGAAGCUCAAGUCCAUGCAGGAUCGUGCGGGCGCCAGACAGUUUCGUAGAUCGCCGCUUACGGACAGCAUCGGUCGCGAAAGCACCCGCACCUCCUCGCACGAGCCAACGCUGUCGGAGCCCUCCAGCGAGCAGCCCAAUCUGCUCCCGCCCUUUGAGCACGAGACCAUGUCGACGAAGCCGUCCCCUCGUCCUAUGCACCUGUCGCUCGGUAGCCUCUCCAACUUUAGUGCUACCAGUGGCUCAGCUGCGCUGGACACGCUUCGUCAGCAGUUCUCUCCGUUCGACGACGGACUCUCACCAAGCCAGCCGAUCAAGUUUUCGCCCUUCGACUCUGAUCCCGUCGGCUUACCCUCGUCCCGGCACCUCUCACCGAGUCACGCGCUGAUCCCAUCCGGUCUCAUUUCGUCCAUCGACAACACGGACCACUUCUCGCGCUCCUUCCAGUCGGCGGACGACCCGAUCCUGGACCGCGCGUGGCGCAACCGCAGCCACGAGCGGUUGGCGUCGUCGCCCAUCUCCUUGCGCACGGACUCGCUGAGCGACGCUGGAAUGGAUAGCUUUGACCCGUUCAAGGUUCGCGUACCGUCCGGGCCGGACCGCAGCCUGCUCGACGCGUCCUUGGGCCCGUCGCUCACCCUCCAGCGCACGCCUUCCGACCCCGCAUCGUCCAUCUCGUCCUCGGAGAAGGCCGACUCCUUCAUCGGGUCCGACAAGUCGUCCUCCGCGUUCAUGCGCGCGCUCUCGCGCGGCGACAAGGCAAAGAAGGGGCUCAACCCAGACGCGAAGGCAUUCAGCUUCCCCGCGAAGGCCGUCGCGUCGCUCCUUCCGCCGCGCCGCGGGCAGACCGCGCCCGGCCACGCCUCGAAGCCGUCCUUCGACGCGCUGAACCCGAACGGGCUCGGGAGCACGCCGUUCGUGCCGUCCUCGGACAGCGAGCAGCUGAUCCGCGCGUUCGCGCCGAGCGCGGAGGAGCGGCAAGCGCUGCAGCGCGUGCUGGGCGGCAGCACGAACACGUCGCUCGAGCGCCUGCCGAGCCUGAGCGACGUCUCGCCGCCGAGUGCGACGGGCUUCCGCCGCAUGCUCCCGUCGUGGAUGCAGUCCUCGCCCGCGGCGGCGCCCGCGCCGAAGCCCAAUUUCAGCCCGUGGGGCGAUGAGGAGGAUGUGGUGACGGAGAAGAAAGCUGUCGUGUCGGAGAAGUGAAGGCGGGAGGGGUAAUGCAAGGGUUAUUCCAAGGACGUUCUUGGUCGAGAUAUAAAUCCGCUUGUUGUGUGAUUUAGAGGUCGGUGG